UAAGAGAAGCAUGGGGAGUUGCUAGAGGGAAAAUGGAUUCUUUAUUUCACGUCCUGGUUUCUACCUGUCUUGCCUUGACAUUCUCAGAAGGGUUUCUGAUUAUCCAUGUCCAGAAACAGCAGUGUCUUUCAGAAAAGAGAGGAGUCAUUAUGGAAAAGUGCAAUAUGACAAACCUCAACCAGAAGUGGCGGUGGACAGCAGAUGACAGGCUCCUCCAUGUGAAAUCUGCCCAGUGCCUGAGCAUCUCUACGCGCUCUGCUCUGUCCUCUCGCAGCAUCAUCGUUGAUUGUCCCCAGGCAGUCAGGUGGACUUGCCACGAGGAUGGGCUCCUGAAGGUGGCAAACAGCUCUCUUUUUCUCACAAAGCAAGGUCAGAAGGUAAUGGCCAAGCAGAGUAAAAAAUACCUUCAUACAUGGAUGCAGCUAGAAGCCAGUGAGACGGGAAAACCUGUUUAUGUAAAUCUGUGCUCAAAGCAAGAUCUCCAAGAUGCAGACACUUCUGUAUGGAGUAGUAGAACUACAUCCCCCUCUUCAAAUGCUGUUACUUCUAGGCCUGAAAAUAUGCUGAAGAGUAGCACAGAGAUGUUCAUCAGAAAUGUGACUGAACGAUUCAGUAAAAAUCCCAUUGAAAAGCUCUACUUUGACUUGAAAUCUGCAGUAACAGAGAACGCCUGGAUUCCAACACCCACUCUUCAAUACUACAGCACUACAGAAGAGGCCGCGCUGGGGCAGGCGGGAUGCAGCGCCAACCUGACGGAGCAGCGCGUCUUCGGGCAGAGCGUCCGGCUGCGCUGGAGCGCCGCGGGCCGCGCCUGCAACUUCAGCCUGAGCGGGCGCUCCGAGGACGGGGAGGCGGCCGGCUGCCAGCCCGCCCACGCGGGCAACGGGACCUACGACUGCACCCUGCGGGGCCUGGAGGCCGGGACCUGGUACCACCUCCACAUCGAGCCGUUCUCCGGCGGGGAGGCUCUCAACAUCUCCGUGCAGACAGAUCCCUUGCCGCCAUCUCGUUUGGAAAUUAAUAAGGAAAAGACUACACUCACAAGCUUGGAAGUUCAAUGGGAUCCUUCCUCAGGAAAGGUGGACUUGUAUAACCUAAUAUUAUUUGAUGAUGAUAAUAAAAAGAUACAAGAAGUCUCCGUACCAGGAAGCAUUUCAAAAACAGAAAAUACUUUUUUUAGUCUCAUCCCUGGGAAUAAAUACAACAUUGUCCUCAGUGCAGUCGCUGGAAAUAAGACUACCCCAGAACUUCACAUAAGUGGAUAUACUGCCCCUGCUGAAGUCUUAGAUUUGACAGUGACUAAUGAUGACAGCUUAGAUGCUUUAAAAGUUAAGUGGAGAAAACCUUUGGGAAACUUCGAUUUCUAUAAUAUCACUCUGUCUCAUCUUGGAUCAGUUAAAGGACUCAAAAUUGUGCAGCCACCAAUCACCGAGACUCACUUUGAUAAGCUAACUCCAGGACGUCUUUAUCAGGUUACUGCCCGCACAAUCAGUGGUGAACUGUUUACUGAUGGGAUGGCAACUGGCAGGACAUUUCCCCAGAACGUUUCAGAGCUUCAGGCCGGUUCUGGUGGCUGGCUGAGGUCUCUGCGAGUGACCUGGCUGCCCCCUGCGGGAGACUGGGAGAGGUACCACCUGCUCCUGUGGAACCGCACGGCCCUGCUGCUCAACACCACCCUCGAGAAGAAUACUACCGAGUACCUCAUCUGUGACAUGGGCCUCAUCCCUGGGAGGGAGUACGGCGUGGAUGUUGUUGUGGAGAGCGGUGAUUUGCAGAGCAAGACUAGUUGCACGGGGAGAACGGCUCCAGAGCCUGUUCUCCAGCUCCGUGUGAAGCAUGCUAAUGAAUCUUCACUUAGUGUCAUGUGGAUGACCCCUGUUGCAGAAUGGGACAGCUAUGUGGUUUCCCUGGGAGACAGUGAUCUUACUAUCAUAAAAAAAGAGCUUGAAAAAGAAGCUAAGGAAUUCACUUUCACUGGCUUGGUACCAGGAAGAAAAUAUACAGCUACCAUCACUACCAUUAGCGGGACUUUAAGCAACUGGACUUCAGUGGAAGGAAGAACAGUGCCAGCCCAAGUGACUGAUCUGAUUGUGGCAAGUCAGGGAUCAACCAACAGCUUAUUCACCAACUGGACAAGAGCUCUGGGAGAUGUAGACUCAUACCAAGUGCUAUUGAUUCACGAGAAUGUUGUCAUUAAAAAUGACACUGUUCCCAGUGAAACCAACAGAUAUCACUUCUAUGCUCUGAAAUCUGGAGGACUCUAUUCAGUUGUUGUCACCACUGUCAGUGGAGGGAUAUCUUCAAGGCAAAAGAUUGCAGAGGGAAGUACAGUUCCUUCCAGCGUGACUGGAGUAACAGUAAAUAACUCAGGUCGCAGUGACUACCUCAGUGUGUCUUGGCUGCCAGCUUCUGGAGAUGUAGACAGUUACUUGGUAACACUCUCUCACCAUGACCAGAUUGUUCAGACUCUCACCAUUCCCAAAUCCUUCAGUGAAUGCUCCUUCAGCAACCUUACUCCUGGAACACUUUACAAAGUGAUGAUAACCACAAAGAGUGGGAAGUAUGAAAAUUAUACCUUCAGCCAGGAACGAACAGUCCCUUCAAGUGUUCAGGGACUUACUGUCAGCAAUUCAGCCAGAAGUGACUACUUGAAGGUGUCCUGGUUACAUGCAUCUGGGUAUUUUGAUAAUUAUGAAGUGAUCAUCAGGAACAACAACGAUUUCAUCCAAACAAAAAGUGUCCCUAAGGAUGAAAAUGAAUGUGUGUUCACUAAUUUGGUCCCAGGGAGGCAGUACAGUGUCACGGUCAGCACAAGGAGUGGGAAAUACGAAACUAGUGAAAGGGUCUAUGGCAGAACAAUGCCAGAGUCAGUGAAGGAACUGACUCUUAGUAACAGGAGCACAGAAGAUCUGCAGGUAACUUGGUCAAAGGCUGAGGGGGAUGUUGAUAAAUAUGAGAUUCAACUCCUCUUCAAUGAUAUGAAGAUCUUCCCACCCAUUUUCCUUGGGAACACCAUUGAGGAGUAUUGGUUCACAGCUCUGACUCCAGGACGUCUAUACAAAAUUCUUGUCUUGACCAUCAGUGGAGAUGCACAACGUGCUACUUUCAUAGAAGGCCUGACAAUUCCAAGCGUGGUCAGAAACAUUCACGUGUCACCUAAUGGCAUGACAAACAGCCUGAAAGUGAGCUGGACUCCCGGAGGUGGAGAUGUUGAUUCCUAUACGGUGACCAUAUUUCAGCAAAACCAUCAGCUUGAUUCCCAGAGUGUCUCCAAACAUGUUUCUGAGCACACAUUUCACAAGUUGGAAGCUGGGGAGCAGUACCGGGUGGUGGUGCAGUCGAACAGUGGCACCUUGCACAACAGCUUAGCAGCUUUUGGGAGAACAAUUCCAGCCUCUGUCCAGGAAUUAUUAGCUGAUCAUGCUUACAGCAGUCAUUCCUUGUUAGUAACCUGGCAGAAAGCUCCUGGUGUAGCUGAGAGAUAUGACAUUCUGCUCCUGAAUGAACAAGGAGUCCUCCUGAGCAACAAAUCAGAGCCAGCUGCUGCCAAACAGCACAAAUUUGAAGAUUUAUUAGCUGGCAAGAAGUAUAAAAUACAAGUUUUGACAGUCAGUGGUGGGCUCUUCAGUAAGCAUGCAGAAACUGUUGGCCGAACAGUUCCAGCAGCUGUUACAAAUCUGAAAGUCACAGAGAACACCACUGAUCGACUGUCCUUCAGCUGGACCACCUCACAAGGGGAACUUGAUUCAUAUGACAUCUUCCUGUACAACCCAGACAAAUCCCUUCAUGACAGGAUUUCAGGAGAGCAGCACCUCCAGCAGUGUUCAUUCCAGAACCUACGUCAAGGCAGGAUGUAUCGAAUGGUGAUUGUUACCCACAGUGGAGACCUCACUAACGAGUCAUCUAUCUUUGGAAGAACAGUACCUGCCCCAGUCGUUGGUCUCAAGGCAUCCAACCGAAACAUGACAGACAGUCUGUGGUUCACUUGGGGUCCAGCAGCAGGAGAUGUUGACUUCUAUGAGCUGAAUCUUUAUAACCCAAAUGGGACACAGAAAGAAACCUGGCAAAGGAAAGACCUGAAAGAGUGGCAUUUCCAGGGGCUCAUUCCUGGCAGAAAGUACACUUUGGUUGUGGUGACUCACAGUGGUGACCUGAUCAACACAGCAAACGCUGAAGGAAGAACAGCACCCAGCCCCCCUAACACUGUAUCGUUUACUGAUGUUGCAAACACUUCUUUAUCAGUCACGUGGCUGGGUCCUCCAGACUGGACAGACUAUGACGAUUUUGAGUUGCAGUGGCUUCCAAAGGAUCCCCUCACAGUAUUCAAUCCCUACAGCAGCAGCAAAUCUAAAGUACGUAUCAUCUAUGGCCUGCGACCAGGAAGACUCUAUGAGUUCAGCGUCAGAACCGUCAGUGGCGAUAACUGGAAGACAUACAGUCAGUCACAGUCUGCAAGUGUGAGAACGAAACCAGACAAGAUACAAAGUCUUCACUGUCGGCCCCAAACCUCUACUGCCAUCGCGUGUUCCUGGACUCCUCCUGAUUCUGACUUUGAUGGGUAUAGCAUUGAAUGCAAAAAAAUGGACACUCGUGAAGUGGAAUUUUCUAAAAGGAUAGAAAAAGACAAAUCUCUACUUAAUAUCAUGACCCUCGUUCCCCAUAGACGAUACCUGGUGUCCAUCAAGGUGCAUUCUGCAGACAUGACGAGUGAAGUAGUUGAAGACAGCACCAUCACAAUGAUUGAUCGUCCCCCUCAGCCACCUCCAGACAUACGAGUGAACAAAAGAGAGGUGCUGAUUACCAAAUCCUCCAUCAACUUUACUUUUAACUGCAGCUGGUUUAGUGAUACUAAUGGAGCUGUGAAGUACUUUACUGUGGUUGUGAGAGAGGCUGAUGGUAGUGAAGGACCAAAGCCUGAUGAGCAGCACCCAUUACCUUCCUACCUGGAGUACAAACACAACGACUCUAUACGCAUCUACCAGACAAAUUAUUUUGCCAGUAGAUGUGCUGAAAAUCCGGACAGCGACUAUAAAAGCUUUGACAUUAAGCUUGGAGGAGAAAUGGAAAAUCUGGGAGGAAAGUGUGAUCCAGAUCACCACAAAUUCUGUGAUGGACCUCUAAAGCCUCAAACUGCUUAUAGGAUCAGCAUACGAGCUUUUACCCAGCUUUUCAGUGAAGACCCGAAGGAACUUCCUAAACCACUCUUUGCAGACACCUUCUUCUCUUUGCCCAUCACUACAGAGGCAGAGCCUCUGUUCGGAGUUAUUGAAGGUGUGAGUGCUGGCUUGUUUCUGAUUGUGAUGUUGGUGGCUGUUACUGCUUUAUUUGUCUGCAGACAGAAAGUUGGCAGUGGCCAUGAGAGAUCUACAGCAAGGCUGAGCAUUCGCAGGGACAGGCCACUGCCAGUCCAUCUGAACCUGGGGCAAAAAGGGAACCGGAAAACUUCCAGUCCAAUCAAAGUCAGUCACUUUGAAGCACACUUCACCAAACUUCAAGCAGACUCCAACUACCUUCUGUCCAAGGAGUAUGAGGACUUGAAAGAUGUGGGUCGAAACCAGACGUGUGACAUAGCACUUCUGCCAGAGAACAGAGGGAAAAAUCGAUACAAUAAUAUAUUACCCUAUGAUACAUCAAGAGUGAAGCUUUCCAAUGUGGAUGAUGACCCUUGCUCAGACUACAUUAAUGCAAGCUACAUACCAGGCAAUAAUUUCCGCAGGGAAUACAUAGCAACUCAGGGCCCUUUGCCUGGCACGAAAGAUGAGUUCUGGAAGAUGGCAUGGGAGCAAAAUGUUCACAAUAUUGUCAUGGUAACCCAGUGUGUUGAGAAGGGCCGGGUAAAGUGUGAUCACUACUGGCCCCUCGAUCAGGAUUCCUUGUACUAUGGAGACCUGAUCGUUGAGAUGUUGUCUGAAUCAGUGCUCCCAGAAUGGACGAUAAGAGAGUUUAAAAUCUGCAGUGAAGAGCAACUUGACUCAACAAAGCUCAUUCGUCACUUCCACUACACUGUAUGGCCAGAUCAUGGUGUGCCAGAGACCACCCAGUCCCUGAUUCAGUUUGUCAGAACUGUAAGAGAUUAUAUCAACAGGACCCCAGACACAGGACCAACUAUUGUACACUGCAGUGCUGGCGUUGGCAGGACUGGCACAUUCAUUGCACUAGACCGAAUUCUGCAACAGCUGGAUUCAAAGGACACUGUCGACAUUUAUGCAGCAGUACAUGAUCUAAGGCUUCACCGUGUUCACAUGGUUCAGACAGAGUGUCAAUAUGUGUAUCUACAUCAAUGUGUGAGGGAUGUGUUAAGAGCCAGAAAACUUCGCAGUGAACAAGAAAAUCCCUUAUUUCCAAUAUAUGAAAAUGUGAAUCCAGAGUAUCACAGAGAUGCUGUUUAUUCAAGGCACUAAGAAUGUUAGAGAUAUCUACUUUUGUGACCACACUUGUUAACUCGGGGGUUUGUUUGGGAUUUUUUGUAUGUGUAUUUCAUGCACCAGAAAGGUGCCAGACCUUUCUGAUGAGACUGUAUAAUUUAUUGGUCUGGUGAUUUUUUAAAAAGAUAUAUAAUUUAAAUAUAAUAGGUAUUAAUGUAUAUAAUUGUAUUUUGGCAUUAUGUAAAUAUGUAUUUUUUCUAUAUUGUUUAUAUUAAUAUUAUGCUUCAGAUAAUACUAUUUUUUUUCUUAUCACAGUUUUUAUAAACUGUUCUACAUAAACUAUUUUUAAUUCAUUGGCUAACAGGACUGCUGCAUCUGGGGCGGUAUUGGCAUGACACAGGAAAAAUCCUUUAAGGAGAACCUCAUUUUUUUUAACUAGUUCAGUGUUUGUGAGAUGAAAUAAGCUACUAUUAAGCAAGGGAACAGUAGUCCUGUAUAGGAGUUACAAUGCUACUCUACACUUUAAACUUACUGCUUUUCAUCUGAGAAAAAUGGGUAUAACCUGUAACACAAUGACAUACCUUUUACAGAACUCAGUAACAACUGAGCAAAACAGGGUUCACCUCACCGGAAGCAACUGUUUCAGUCUAAUGUGACAUAGGAGAAAAAUAUUGAGCAACAUAACGCUGCAGUGAAGUCUAAUAGACCUAUCUCCCACCACAUACUUUGAGGGGAGACAGGUCAUAUUCUGAUUUCUUUACACUGGUUUAAGAGAGCAGAAUCAGACCACAACCUGUCUAUGCGUUUUCAUGUGUGAAUAAUUAUAAUUAAGAAAAAUGUUCAAAAAAUGCCUCAGACAUUUGUGUUAACAGACCUGUGAGGAUGUGAAGUCUUGACAACUUCCUUAGCUCAUUAGAAACAAUGUUGUGCCAUGAGAGCCAAAAAGUAGAUAGAUUGCAAACAUAUAUAUCUCUAACAAUUAACACAACUGGCUUUAUGCUACUUGCCCCAAGUGUUGAUCACCUUCAAAGUUUGGCCCCAGCAUGUCUGCAUAGAAAGAAUCCUCCACGUGAAUGUUGCCUGAUGCCCACCAACAAGGGCAGUUGGAACGGAAAAAGGCUCAUCGGUAAGCCAGGGAAUGUAGGCUGGCAGGUCUGUGCUAAUCAUAGAAUCAUCAAAUGGUUUGGUUUGGAAGAGACCUUAAAGACUAUCUAGUUCCAACUCCCCGUGCCCCAGGCAGGGAGUCAUUACUCAAAACAUUUACUGACUAGCAAGAAGUAAAAUCAAAGAGCACUCAGCAGGUAUCCUGUCCAGCCAAGUGGAUUAUGCACAGCCUCUCUCCUCUGCAGAGGCUUCUCACUCAAGGGUCUAAACGCUGUUCAGCUAUUCUUUGUCUUUUUAGGUGUUCUUCAAAGAAAUGGAGAAUAACUAUGUACUGCCUCUUCUCUAUCACAAAAAGAAAGAAAGGCUUGAUAAUUCUUCUUUCAUAUAUCUACCUAUACAUUCCCUAGAGAAAACUUAGCUUGUUACUGAAGACAAUUGCCUAAAUUCAACUUCUGUUUUGGAGAUAAAUAAAUACUUUUGAAGGCCUUCUGAGAACCAGUCAAUAAGUGGCUAAGUGCCUAACUGAGGAACUGCUGUGGCCCUGUGCCACAUGCCUUACUGGAGCUGCAUCCUCCUUGCUGUAGGAAUAUCUGCCUGACAGUGGCUGAAGAAAUCUACCAGGCAGCUCCUGGUAGAGUUUUCUUAAGAAAUCAUUCCAAAGCAGAACCAGCAGGACUAUGCACAUCCAUAUCCCCGUGGUCUUCUUAGAGAGAAGGAAACAGCCUGAUAGUCACUCUUCCUUCCUACUCAUCUGGAGUCUCAUCCUUUCUUGACCAAAUAUCCUCAUAUGCCUCAGAAGCCACCCUUCAUAUCAGCUUUCACAGCUGCUCAAAACAUGGAAGCUUGGUUAAUCUUUUAGGUGUUUCUGUAUGAAAAUACUGUUCAUUCCUCCUGUACAUCCUCUUUGGCACCACACAAACCCCAAAAUCCACCACCCUUAAUUGGAACUGAAAAAGAAAGGAACUAGCAUUAGAGUGGAAGACAUUUUCACAGGGGAAAUCUAAGCAAAACCACAAAGAAAUGUUCAGAGUGCUUUUUUUCUCUGUUUCCUUUGCUAGAUUAACUAGGUUAGCAAGCAAGGACAAACAAGCAUGGCAGCUUUACAUCGACUGUUGACCCUGCUAAUAACCGCUGGACUUAAGGCGUCAUAAAAACUGCUGUUGUGUUACAUGUGCUGCAUUUAGUCCUUUCUUUUUUCAGGGAUAGCUGAGGAGCAAAGGUCACCAUGUUAGUUACCAGCACAUGUUAAUUACACUGUGAAGACAUACCAAAUGUAUCCUAUAAAUUACUUCACGCUAUAUAUCACUGUGUGAUUUUUUUAGUGCUGAGGAAUAGAACUCACUCAGUAACAAAGGAUCUGAGAGCAAAAGUCUGAUUGCACACUGUGUAUGCAUGUUGUGCAUCAUUUUCAGAAAGACGCACAUCAUUUUACUCUUUAUUUUAUUGUUCUCAGCUCCCUUGUCUGCAUCUACAGAGUUCACAAAUGUGUACCCAAAACGAUAAUGUCAUAGCAGACGACUAGUUUCAUCUUUUCUCUCAGCUAAUAAUGGACACAGUUCAUAAGCAUCUUCCUCUUCAUCACUUAUUAAUGUGACAGAUGACCUUAAGUGCUCUGGCAGAGUGCUCACAAGCAGCUUUACAUCUCUGCCCAGCUAGGUCACACAUAAGACAGUCCACACACAUUAUUGCUCUGGUUCUGCUCUCUAGCCAAUUCUGCUCAUAUGAAACCAGUGUAAAUCCAGUGAGAAAAAGUUAAAACUAUCUAUGUAGCAUAUUAACAUAAAACGCCUACAUAGCAGUAUAAUUAAUUAUAUUUACUGUGCCUCUAAGCUGAAUAACAGGCCUGAUGGGAAAUUGUUAAUGUAACAAGAAUGGAUUUGAAGGAGACUGUACUGAACAGAGACAGGUCUUAAGGAAAAAGAUAUCUUUUGAAUGUCCAUGGAUAACGCUCAGAAUUCCCUUCUUGAUGUUUCCCAAUAAUAAUGUUAUAAAGCAAGGCUAGUGUUGUAGCAGAUCCAUAAGCUACGAUUUGCACACUUGGAGCCCAGUCCUGCGAAUCUCUGGAUUGUCCACAAAGCUACCUGAGUACUUUCACGAAAGUCAACCAGAAUGCUUGCCUGAAGAAAAUACCAUUCCACUUCUGAAGCACUUGCAGAGUUGGGCUUUUAGGUUAAUUCAAAUUUUUGUAUUGAAAGUUAUUUAAUAAUGAAAAAAUUGUAAUAAAUGAGUUUUUUAAUCUGUGCAAUACAAUUACAAGAUCCACUACCGAAUGUAGGGAAAAAAAGGAUUUUACAUAGCUGGAGUUGAUAAGUGAUAUUUUUUGUUACUAAUGGAACACAAAAGUGGGUGAGAGAAAUAGGCAUACUGUGAAGAUGUCAUAAAAGUGCAACUUUAUACAUUUUUCUCUGCUGCUAUAGUUAUUUAGCAAUAAAUAAUGCCUAAAAUUGCCAGAAAUAUUAUUUUGUGCCAUGAUAUACUAUGAAUUUCCUUUCAGUUGUAGAACAGAGAAAAGAAAAUGUGUGAGCUUUAAGUUUAUAUUAUGUAUUGUAUAUGGUUAUUUACGCUUUAACUUUGAAACCAGAAGUUAAAUACAAGACAGAGAGGAGUACAUGAGCACUUAGCCAAGCUCCUCAGCCUGGGAUUUAAUAUAUGGGACAGUAACCAUCUAAUCACUAUAUUAGCAUCUCCUCCCAGGGCUGCAGAUUAGAGAAAUGCAUCUGACAUUCAGAGAUACUGCAUACUGCAGCCACAGCUUCAUGACCAAGGAGUGGUGUAGCAAGUGUUUAACAUUUAUUCAGAUUUCUUUCCAUACUUCAGACAUACAAUUUGUGUGAAUAAAAUGCAUUAUAGAAUGACCACCACUCCCAUGAUGGCCCUGUCACAGAUGUGUGGGCUCUGGAGCUGUGAGCUUUGGGACCUAUAGUUCCGGUGGCAACUCACUGUAGACCCUGUGCCCUCAACUAUCCCUCUCAGGCUGAUAGUGUCAGACUCCUCAGCUGUUGGUAGCACCACUAUGGCCAAAGAAAAAACCCACAAUUUUGAAAUGUGUCUAGCCGUAAAUUCUUUCCUGGAGUAAAGUGUCUGAAAAACGUCUUCAGCACAUAUUCCUUUCUCAUAUGCAAUAUAAUUACUUAUAAUGACUUUUCCUAACAAACACUGGAUGAACACAGAACUGUGCUACUAUUGUCAAUUUAAUUUAUGCAUUUAAGUAUAUUUUUAUAUUUUUAACUACAGUCAACAAAACAAAUA